AUGGCCCCAGGAGUCGAUGAGAUUCUACCUGAGGAGUUCUGUGACGAUUUGCUGGGGGAAGUAUUGAAUACCCUAGGGGACGAUGGACUCCAGCUUGAUGAGCCCGGUGAAGAUUUGCUCGCGGGAGCAUUGAAUACCCUAGGAGAUGAUGGACUUCAAAUUGACGAGCCUUGUAAAGAUCUGCUCGAGGGGGCAUUAAAUACCUUAGGAAACGACGAACUUCAACUUGAUGAGCCUUGUGAAGAUUUGCUCGCGGGAGCAUUAAAUACCCUAGAAGACGGUGUCCUCGCAUCAGAUCUUAUCGACCUUGAUCUUAAUCUUGGCAACGAGGAUGACUACGAUGGCGAUAACAUACUGGAUGAGGCAUUGGACGCGUUGAGGGUUAAUGAGGAGAGUACUUCAGGUGACGCUGGGAUCCCCAUGUUGAUUGACCCGCUGGAAGAAAAGGUGACAUCCAUUCGCAAUAUGGAUCAUCAAUACAUGAGCACCCUAUCUCACUUUACUAGCAUCCUUUCACGAACCGGGAUCAGCGGACCACGGCAUCUGCGGCAAUUCAACUUGAAGAUGCGUGCAGCUAAGAUAGGGUCCGGUGCCCAGUUCACUGUUUUCCGCGAUAACGUUGGCUUUACUGGAACAGAAGGCUUAGUGAUUAAGAGAGUGAACGUGCCGUUGACGAGGGAUGAUGGUGUGAGGUUUGCCGCAGGGGAUGAGUAUCGCCUUCAGCUACGAACACUGGAGCUUGAGGUGCAAGCGCUUUGCAACCCUUCGCUUCGCAAUCAUCGAAAUCUAGCCAAGUUGGUCGCCUGGGGAUAUGACUAUCCUCUACCAGACACGCCCGUCCCAGUUUUAUUUAUGGAAUGUGCCCUUAUGACCUUGACCGAUUUCUUUAAAGAGAAAAAUAAGACACUCUCUGGCGAUAAUCCACUAGAUAUCAAGCACCAGCUUGCUCUAGACGUCGCCGCUGGAAUUGAAGCGCUUCAUUCACUUCGAAUAGUCCAUGGGGAUAUAAAACCUGAUAACGUGCUCGUGUUCAAGGAAUCUCGAAGCGAUAAAGUUCCUUUUUGUGGCAAGAUUAGUGAUUUUGGUGUCUGCGUGGACAUGGAGAUUCCUGGGAGUGAGUUAACAUCUGAAGAUUAUAGAGGUACACCAGGCUGGAUUGAUCCUGAAAUUCCAAACUUUUCUAAAUGGACUAAGGGUCCAUUUCAACCCGACAUCAUGUUCAAAUACGACUCUUAUAGCCUUGGCCUCGUGAUAUUAUCUAUAUUCACCAAGCAGGCUGAACCAGUUGAUCUGGAUAUGGACAGUGAAAGUCCCAUAGAUAUCGCCAUGUAUCUUCUCAAGGAAGAGAAAUCACUUUCAUUCCAGUUUCGAAUGCAUAUCACAAGAGCUCUUAGGACUUUACUCGCCGAGGAUCCUUGGUCGCGAGCCAGGCCGAGUCCUGACCUUCUUAAAUUCGAUUCCUCCGCAUAUUCAUCUUGGUUUUUCGUCUCCGAAAUCCGUCAUAGCGGUCCACUCUAUGUUGGGUCUAUUGAUCAGAUGCAUAACCAAGGCGCUAACUUCUGGCGGCGUCUUGACACUUCGGUUGUUCAGGAGUUGGAAGAACAGUAUCGGACUUCCAAAGAUUCAUUGACCAGAGACGCUCUCUUUGGGUUAGCUCAGAGUAUCACCAGAAGAGAGUCAUAUAUUGACUCGCUACUGGAAGAUGCUGGCGGAUUCGCCAUGGAUCCAGCUCUAGGAAAGCCAAGCGUCGUUGAAAUGGCACGAGAUGUGCAGAAAGCGGCAGCAUGGUUGGCAGAGGGCAAUAAAGUGGUAGAUCGUAAAGGAAACACACUUCUACAUAUUGCAGCGGCUUUAGGUGCUCUCGACGUCGUGCAAAGUCUUGUUGAAAAUGCGAAAUUUCCAGCAGAUAUCCAAAAUGAUAACCACGAGACGCCUCUAAUCAAAGCAUGUCAAGCAGGUCAUGUUCGAGUUAUAGAUUACCUUAUCAACAAGGGCGCGAAAGCAUCGGUUGCGACCAAAAAAGAGAAAUUAACAGCCCUUCAUUGGCUAUUUACCCUUCCAGAGGACUGCAUUCACAGAGUUGCAAUUAGGGGGAUAACAGCGGAGGAGCGUCAGAAAGAGUUCAAAUUCCACAUUUUGUUUUCACGCAGCAAGCUAGCCGUGGCCGCUCUUUUGGACUUGGGCGCCGAUAUCAAUUCUACAUAUCAGGACUCGGAUAUGGGCUCGUCGCCACUUUUUCUUGCAGCACGGAAUGGUGAGGCUGAGCUUGUGGAACUCCUCCUUUCCAGAGGUGCCGAUGUGAAAGCCAUAGAUCCCAAGGGUCGAAAUAUCUUCCACUAUAUGGGAUUUUAUUCGCCAGCCCAUCAUGGUAGUUUGGAUUACUCUUGGCACUAUUGGAUACGCCAUGGUAAUUGGAAUGAGCAUUUAGAACGGACAACAAAGGUAGCGAGGCUCUUGGAAGACGCAGGAGCGGAAAUUGAUGCAGAAUCCCGGGUGCCCCUGGGAAUGACUCCGAUCCUCAUGGCUUCAGAGGAGAGUGACGGAGGAGUGGUUUGUGCUUUAGCAGCAGCGGGAGCUAAUGUCGAAACAGGCAAUGGCGAUUCAGUUCUUCAUAGAUGGGCACGGAUUCAAGGUUCUAAACUUAGCUAUCCCCAUUCUUUUCUUGCUGUUUUCGAAAGUGUCUGUCAGAGGACGAAAGAUAUCGAUGCUCCAGCGAGGCUUGACGAAAAUACUGCCCUCCAUACCCUUAUUUUAGGUAAACGUCCUGAAGAUGAACUUGAAGGAGCCUCUGAUAUUAUUUUUGCCCAUUCUCCGCCGCCGGUUAUUGAUGCACGAAAUCGCCGCGGAUGGACUGCGUUGUUUGGGGCACUUUAUACAGAAAGCAACCCCGAACGCCGGGCAUUAUACAUGAUUGAAAAGGGGGCGAAUAUUGUCAUCCAUGCUGAUGACGAGAAAGAUAUUUUUUUCCCGAUCGCAUACAACAUCGUUUUCAGCGACCAGGAAUGCCAUGAUCUCAUCGUCAAACUAUUAUCCCACCUUAUACAAAAGGAGCCCGACAUGACAGAUAUCAAACAGGCCUACCAGAAAUACUUCCUCAUAGCUUCCGGCGCAAUCCAAACGCUUGCCGCAGCUGCAGAGGCUGGUCGAGUGAAAACGGUGAAGUUGCUUCUUGAUCUAGGUCUUGAGCGCAAUAUAAACAAUUUCGUUAACACGCGACCAUUAUACACCGUACUGGAUUCAGCGCUGCAUAAAAUUGAAGCCAGGCGAGAAAGCCACUUAGUAUCACUCGCAUCUUAUACCUCAAUUGUUGCCCGUAAGCGGGCGUUGGCCGACGGAAAUGUCCACGGUAAAACGGCAGAGUCAGCCCAGCGGGCGGCUGAAGCCUACUCUGGUGCUCCAGGGGUGUUGCAUAUGCUGCGGUCCCGCGGGGGCAAGCGAGCGUGUGAGCUUGGAGCGCUACCGCCAAACACAAAACUUUUAGAACUCAAUCAACCAGACGGCUGGGAUAUAACGGACCUGUACUUCCUUGGGUUUACAGCGGAGACACAGCCUGAUAAGGAUCGAUGGGCCAUCCUAUACGAACUUUCGCGCCAGACAGAGAACUGGCGGGAAAAUCUCAUACACCAGUUUCGCCAAAUGUAUGAGUUUGAUAUAUGGCGACCAGACUUGAGGAUGUUAGAAGCAGCAGUCAAAGCACAGGAUGAGAAGAACGCUAGAGAAACCCCCGAAACAAAGCCUGGCAGCGAAGUCGUGGAAUUUAUUGAUCGUGAAUUCUAUCGUCAGAUUCUCGUAAUGUUGACAGAUAUAGGGCAAGUUGAACACGAGAAUAUUGCCGAGAAAACAAAUGGCGAUGAAAGGGCUGUAUGGGUAGAGGUUAGGGAGACUACUCGCUACGGUUCUAAUGGGCUCUAUCGCACCACUCCAGGAUAUAAACUCGAAGUAGAGCUUCUAGGAAUUCGAGCUUUGGGGAAAACAAGGAAAACUAAGGUGGAAGAAGAAUAA